GAGGGCAGUAUAUAACACAGGGCAGCCUGCUGCUCUCACAUCAUUUAAACAGCAAGGAAGUCUAGGUUAUAGGCAGAGGGAGAGAAAAGAGGGUUGAGAAAAGCACAGUAGAGGAAGUAGAGGAAAGCAAGAGCAGUGAAACACUGGGUUAGAAAAUAUUCCACAAUCCAGGAUUGGACAAGAAAGUCAUGAUGAAGCCAUUUUGCCUGUUGCUGCUGCUAGCUAGUUCCACUGGAGCUGUCCCUCUGGAAUCCUCGGGUAGAGAAGAGUACCCCACCCUGCCCUCCCAGGCCUUUACCGUAGCACCAAGGCCAAACGAGCCAAAGUCUCGCUUUGCCAUGCUGGAUGACGUCCGCCUACUUGCAAAUGGCCUCCUUCAGCUAGGCCAGAGUUUACGGGAGUUUGUCCACAAGACCAAGGCCCAAAUUAAUGACAUCUUCCAAAAGUUGAACAUUUUCGACCGCUCUUUUUACCAGCUCUCAGUGGUCACAUCAGAGAUCAAGGAGGAAGAGGAGGAGCUGAAGAAGACCACCAAUUUCUUGAAGGCCAACAAUGAGGAGAUCAAGAACCUGUCGCUGGAAAUCAACUCUAAGAUCAACAACAUCCUGCAGGAGCGUACACAGCUGCAGAGCAAGGUGGGCAGCCUCGAGGAGAGGCUGAAGGGACUGUCAGAGAGCAUGGUCCCUGUUGACCAGCUUAGUGAAAUCACAACGCUCAAGGAAGUGAUUGAAGCUCAAGAGAAAACAAUCACCAAUCUGCUGAAAGCUGUGACGGAGCAGCAUGAUCAGCUUGACCACCAGAAAAUUAAGAUUAAAAACCUGGAGGAUAAGCUAAGCUACGACAGCUUUCAAGAUACAGUCAAUAAGCCAGUGGAUUCAGACCCUGCAGCUCCUGAUAUGUUUGAAUAUGUGACAGGAAACUCAACUGUCCUGGACACAAAUGACCUCCCCAUGGACUGCAGUGAGUUGUUUAACAAAGGAGAGACAAACAGUGGAAUCUAUGUUAUCAAGCCAAACCAAUCUGAGCCAUUCAAUGUUUACUGCGAAAUGGGUUCAGAUGGGGGUUCAACUGUCAUCCAACGCAGGAUUGAUUGGUCAGUGGAUUUUGACCAAACAUGGGACAAAUACGAGAAAGGCUUUGGAGAUCUGGAAAAUGAUUUCUGGUUGGGCUUAAAGAAGAUCCACAGCUUUACACAGCAGGGAGUUUACAUCCUGCGUAUUGAUUUGGAAGACUGGAAGGAGGAGAAGCACUGGGCUGAGUACCACUUCUCACUGGAGGGUUCCUCCAAGGACUACACCCUCCAUGUCAGUGACUUCUCUGGUGACCUGCCUGAUGUCAUGGCCAACAGCACUGGCAUGAGAUUCUCCACAAAAGACAGAAAUAACGACAACCACCGAAACUCCAACUGCGCUCGCAAUUACACAGGUGGUUGGUGGUUCAAUGCCUGCGGAGAGACAAACCUUAAUGGAAGGUACCUGUGGUUGAAGGCAAAAGGACGCUCUAUGAGAAGGAAGGGCAUUCACUGGAAGCCUAGCACAGGGCCCUCACAUUCCCUCAAGAGGAUCAAGAUCACCGUACGACCAGCCCCUACAACUGAAAGCUUCAACUGAACCCCAAAAGUGAUACCUUUGAUUACAACACUACUGGCAUUUUUCACAAACAUUGAUACUAUCUAAUGCUCAGCCGAAAAGUUCCAUAGAAGGGGAAAGUAAAGUAACACAGGCAUUAUAUAUUUCUAUAACACCAAAUUCUUAGUUUAUCUGCAACACUAAACUGAUUGCUUCCUAACGCCAUCUUCUCAGAGACUGGUGCUGACCAACAGAUAACAGGCCAAAAAUGUCACAAGUCAAAAUAUGCUGAACAGUUGCAAUGAUGCAACCAUGCCAUGCAGGUCAUUAACCUAUUGGAUCUGAUCCAGCAGCGACAGUAGAAUUGUCAUUAUGCAACAUCUUCAAUCACUUGCAAAAUGGACAUAUUGAUCCACAUCAGCAACCUGAUUCAGUGCUGGCUGCAAAAUGCCACAGUACUGCAGUAGAAAAAAAGAAAACUAUGAGGAGAGAUUACGAAACAAAUCUAAAACAGAGAUUGCUUGGCUAUGUUUUCAGUGAACUUAAAUGUAUUUGACAGCUUCUAUGUUAGCUAUUUAAAAUGUAUUUUAUCUUUGUAAUGUGAAACAUGCACAAAUUCCAACAGGUUAUUACAUAAAGCAUGCAAAUUAUAAAAGUCAAGGUUCAAGAGAAACACUGCAUCUCUAACAUCUCAAAAAGUGUCCACACUGAUGAAUUUUAUCCAAUGAAGGCUUUGUAAUUUUUGUCCUGGUAUUUUACACUGCUUCCUCCCUAGUUUCAUUGGGAAAAAUCUGUGGGUGCAAUGUCAGCAGUCAAAUAUAGUACAACAGAUACAAAGUUUUGGCAGUGCACUGAGGUGUAGGAUGAGGUUUUUCCCUUUGCUUGUUCUAUGUUUUUUUUUACACUUUAAAAGUAUUUAAACCAUGUUCAUGCUAUUAUAUGAUUUAUGCUGGUAUAAACAUAAUUUCUGCGUAUUUCCUGUUAUUGAGUCAUAUUGACUCUUGUCCAUUAUUACAACAUAACUAACUGUGCUGUAAAUGUACCUCAUACUCAUGUCACCCUGAAAAGUAGCUAUGUGCUUUAACAAACCAUAUUUAUGAAGACAAAAUAAAAUUACUAUCUAACAUGA